CAUUCCCGUUGCUUGUGUACAGAAUCCUCCCUCCUACCCACAUUUUUGACAUGAACCACGACGACAAUUCCUCUGACUCCUUGGAUUUUUUUUUAGAAGAUGAUGACAUCCGACUGAUUGAGAAAAUCGGGAUAAAUCCUUGCGAUACUUCAAUACGUACGCGAUCGCCCCUCUUUGGAUCGAUAAACUUUGAUUAUGACGGGAAUCCUUCCCAUACAUCCACGUCGCGGGGGACAGCCUCUUCGUGUCGCAUGGAACAGGUGUUGAGCGCUUUGGAAGAGCAGGCUAGCGCCAUCCAAUCGCUACGAAAGACCUUGGAAGGGAUUAAAGGUCCAUCCUCUGAGGUCAACUGGGAAACCUUCGGCGGCUUAGGAGGGAUUGCAAGGCGCGUACAAAGACUCGAGGGUACAAUAGAGCGGUUGGCUAGUAGCAGCGGAACGCCUAUAGAGGCGUCACUUUCUUCCUCUAAUGAAUCAGAAUUAUGUCCUGAGAGAAGACGUGGACGUUCCACAUCUAUUGAAAUAAUUCCAGCGACUCAAGUGCAUAUGGGCGACAAGGUAGUCACAGCUGAAAUCCCGACCACAUAUAUAGGCGGAAUACCCAAUGCUGAUGACUUGAGAACGCUUAUUGCACGAACUGUUGAAGAGAAUGUCAGACCAAUGAUUGAUGACGCGAUAGCUGAUCUACGUCGUGAAUGGAAUGUACGGACUGUUAAAGAGAGUGUCAGACCAAUGAUUGAUGAAGCAAAAGAUGAUCUACGUCAUGAAUGGAACGUAUGGACUCUUCAAGAGAGUCUCAAACCGAUGAUUGAUGACGCGAAGGCUGAUCUACGGCGUGAAUGGAAUGUACGGACUGUUGAACAGAGUAUCAGACCAAUGAUUGAUGAAGCAAAAGAUGAUCUACGUCAUGAAUGGAAUGUAUGGACUCUUCAAGAGAGUAUCAAACCGAUGAUCGAUGACGCGAAGGCUGAUCUUCGUCGUGAAUGGAAUGUACGGGCUGUUGAAGAGGAUAUCAAGACAAUGAUUGAUGACGCGAAAGCUGAUCUACGUCGUCAAUGGAAUGCCCGGACCAUUCAAGAGAGCAUUAAACCAAUGAUUGAUCAUGCGAAAGCCGAUUUGCGUCGGGAAUGGAAUGUCCGGACUGUUGAACAGACUAUCAAACCAAUGAUUGAUGAAGCGAAAGCUGAUCUGCGUCGUGAAUUGAUACAUUCCAUGCCUUCGCUCGGCGGUCCUAUUCCACAGGAUUCGUCAAUCUUUGGAGGUAAAAUCUCGGCUGGCGCUACGGAUGAAGGUGCUAAGAGACCCGCGGUAAUCCCUACGUGCGGGACAGGGUUGGUCGGCGAUGUUGGCGACGUACGACGAAAGUUGGACAAGAAGGUAGAUACCGUCGUGUUGGAAGAGCUAAUGCGACAUAUUCCGACGCGCGAUGAGGUGAAGCGCCUUGUUCAGGAGCUUGUAGAUGCUCGACCAGCGACUAUCGGCGAGCAGGAUAUUUUCCCAAUCCUUCUCAGGCUGCAGCGUGAGUCUACCGCGUCCGGCAAAGACGGCAGCGGACAAAAUCAAGCCUCCAAGUCCUCGGCACAAAGGGAGGACUCUGAUGCAUCCCGUGAAUGGAAACAUCUGCUUGAUGAGCUGCUACCGGAUAUUCGCGUCUGCGUCAGCGAGAUGAUUGCUGACAAAGAGGUUACCAUCACACACAACCUAGAGAUGAAGAUUAUCAAACUCCAAAGAGAACUCUUAGAAUUCAUACCAAUAGAUAGGAAAAACCGCAAAGGCGAGGUACAGCACUUACGAAAAGAAGUAGAGAAUAAAGUGCGCAAGGAUCUUAAGGCGUGGCUUGAAAAAAGGAUUACUCAUAUCCGGGAAGAAACCGUUGAACGAAUUAAAAAAGUAACAGCCGACGUUCGCGAAGAUAUAAACAAUGUCACAUCAGCGAGAGAUUCGCCCGAUUCCGCUUACUACGAACCACCGUAUGAGAAUGUUUCCAAUGAAGAUGAAGGCAUAACACCUCACAGUGCGCUCGAUCGCCUCUCACGGCGUCUGACACGCGAAUUUGACGAGAAGUUGUUCCUGCUUUGUUCGGAUUUGAGCACAUGUAAAUCUCUGUACGCGAAGCAGAUUUCACAGCCCUUCCAUCGCUGUGCGCAAUGGUUGUGGAAGUCAGGUUGUUUAAAGUUUGGGAGUGCCAUACCUUGGAAUUAUGAGACUUUAAAUACGGACCGUGAUAACUUCCUGUGGGAAAAAGACCAGACUAGUAUUCGAAUUGGUGAACCAGGGCUCUAUGAAAUCACAUUUGCCUUCUUCACAAAAGCCAAGCCAUCAGUUCAGUUGGUAGUGAAUGGUGAAUCGGUUCUUUCUGCAAUCAAUUCCCCAUCCUAUGUCGUACAUCAUUCGUCUGGCUUUGUGGUAGACGGUGAUGGGAGAAUUGAGCCAGGGACGGUUACCGGAAUAAGCUUACUGGAUUUCUUGGCUUUGCCGCCCAAAUCUACAUUAUCUGUACAUUAUCACGGAGGGAAAAAGGGGAUGUUGGGCCAUGGAUUCUUAGGACUAAGAAAACUUUAGUGAAUUCAGACUCUCUGCGCUUUCCGUUGUGACCUACCAACUCUUUUACAGAAGUGACAAACAGAUUUCAUCGCUGAGGAUUAAUGAGCGCGUGUUUGACUAUGUAUUAUCCCAUCUAAUUCC